AUGCACGUUCCGUCCUGUACGUCCCCGUAUAAGCUAACUUCUCUCCCGAUAGAGUAUCUUUCGAAUACAAAAAACGCACGUCUUCCUAUCGCUCUUCAAGACGUUGCCUUAGCAUUUGAAUUCACCGAUGACACACGCUAUGACCUUGACUCCGCCGAAACAUGGAGGUCGCUAGUGCCGCCAAAGACAGCAGGGUUUGUCCAUCUAGGAGAGGAUGCCACACCGUAUUCAGUUUCUAUGUACCAUUCACUUCACUGCCUGGCUACGAUUCGACGAGCGUUAUCCGAAGCAGACAAUCAUUCAGACCAUUGUUUUGACUACCUCACACAGCUUCUGAGUUGUAAAGCGGAUUCCACGCUGGAGCAGAUUGUGCAGCCUCAAGGAAUGGAUAACGAUGGUAACAAGAGCGCAGUUCCUGCGUGGGCAGGAUCAGGGAGCGGUGUUGUGCACAGGUGUCGCGACUGGACGCAGAUCCGAUCAUUUGUCGAGAAGAAUCGAGAUGAAAAGAAGAUCUUCCCACCCACUGACUGA